CUUUGUCAUUAGAAAUGAAUAACUCAGAUACAGAUAUGAAUUCUGAAAGAGUCGAAAGCCCUGAAGCAUACUAUGAGUCCGAUUGUAUAGUAAUACCAUCAUCAGAAGCAGAUUGGCAAAAUGAACAGCUUGAUAGCACUCGUGAGGUUAAUAAUAUGUUAUAUAGUCCUGGUGCACAAACUGCAAAAGAAGAAGACACACCUAUUUUGAAAAGUUCUUCUAGCCCUUUUUAUAACUAUAAGCCAAAAGUUGCAUCAGAAACACAAAAUGCAUUUGAUAUAAUGUUAUUGCAAAAAAAAAAUAAAGCUCAUGAACAUAAUGAUAAAAUUAACUCAAUUCAUUCGAUAAGCUCCAGUAAUAAAAAUUUAAUCUUACCUAAACAACAAGAUAGCGUUAUGUCAGAAGUAACUAAGCAAUCAAAUAAUACUUCUACAAGUGUACAUACAUAA